AAACUCAUACAGAUGUAGCUUUCCAUGCACUUUGUCACUUCACAGUCUACCGUAACCCCAAGCCUAUCUACUAUGUCUACUUCUUCUUCAGUGGCCACCCUUCUUUUUCUCCUUGCCUUUGCCACCACCUCUUUCUCCUCACUCCCACAUCUUCAGCUCCUCGACCCUCUUUUAUUGAUUUCUCGAAACAUGGUGCUUCAAUCUAUGUCACUGCGGAGGUUGGUCCACACUACUGAAACCAGUUCUAUUGGCGUGGCUUUGAGAGACUGUACCAAGCUCUAUGAUGAGAGUGAGCCCCGCCUGGCACGGUUGAUCUCCGGUGAGAAUUAUACAGGUGACGAUGCUAGGACGUGGCUUAGCGGAGUGCUGGCCAAUCAUAGGAGUUGUUUGGAUGGUUUGGCUGAGAAAGGUUUUGGGGAGGCUCAUCUUCAUUUUGCCGCACGAAACUUGACCACCUUGCUAGGCCAAGCCCUUGCUCUUUAUGGAAAGCGUAUCAAUGGCAGAGGGAAGAGAGUGCCGAGGGGACAGAGAUCCGCUCACGACAGAAAUGGGGGGCUUUUAGUGUCAUGGAAUGCAGGAACAUCCAAGGCCCAUUUGGUGGUGGCAAAGGACGGCUCUGGCACUCACAGGUCAAUUAACGAGGCAGUGUUUGCACUUCGUCGAAUGGGUCAGAGCCGACCUUAUAGGGCAAUUGUCUAUGUCAAAUCUGGUGUUUACAACGAGAAAGUAGAGAUUCCAAGAAAUCUUAACAAUGUCAUGUUCGUUGGCGAUGGCAUUGACAGAACAAUCGUCACCGGCAGUCGCAAUGUCCCUGACGGCGAUACCACCUUGAGCUCAGCCACAUUUGGUGUUUCGGGGGAUGGAUUUUGGGCCAGAGACAUGACAUUUGAGAACACUGCGGGUCCCCAAAAGCACCAAGCGGUGGCACUGCGCGUGAGCUCGGAUCUAUCAGUGUUCUACCGAUGCAGCGUCAAAGCAUACCAAGACACUCUCUACGUCCACUCCCUUCGCCAAUUCUACCGAGACUGUCACAUCUACGGCACCGUCGAUUUCAUCUUCGGCGAUGCACCGGUGGUCAUACAGAACUGCGACAUUUUCGUAAGGACACCGAUGAGUCACCAGGCCAAUAUGGUUACAGCACAGGGACGUGAUAACCCACAUGAGAACACUGGAAUUUCCAUUCAUGGCUCGCGUAUUAAGCCUGCAGCGGAUUUCAUGGCGGUAAAAGGGUCGUUUAGGAGUUACUUGGGUAGGCCAUGGAAGAAAUACUCGAGGACCAUAGUUGUGAACACUGACCUCGAUGGUUUGAUUGACCCGAGAGGGUGGACUGAAUGGAGUGGAAGCUUUGCACUUUCGACAUUGUUCUAUGCGGAGUAUAUGAACACGGGAAUAGGGGCUUCAACCGCAAAGAGGGUCAAUUGGCCUGGUUUUCACGUGUUUAGUAGUCAUCAGGAGGCAAGUCCUUUCAUGGUGAGUAAUUUCAUUCAAGGGGGUAUGUGGAUUCCGGCCACUGGUGUGCCGGUAUGGCUUGGAGUAUGAUCCGAGGACAGUAUAUGGUAGUGUCACAAAUGUGGUUUUACUGGCUCUGUUUUUUUUUUUUUUUUGGGUUUGGUGUUGCUAAAUUGUAAAUUUGUAACACUAACUUUUAUAGAUGUAUAAUGGCUUUCUUGCUGCUUUUGGUGCAAUGAAUAAAAUUAAUGGACACCAAUGAAAAACCUCAAAA